UUUUUGAUCAAGUAUACAAUUCUUAGAGGCUCAGAUCUAACAACUUAAAAUUUCAAGCAUGUUAAGAGUUUAUGAUUUGGAUUUCGUUUGUUGCCUAUUGAUCCUUCUUUACACAAGUGAAAUCCGGGCGGAUCCUGUGCCUGUUCCUGAGGACUCCUAUUUACUCCCAAGAUCGGCUUCCAUCAGGCACAGGAACCCGUCUAUUCGAUCAGAAUCGUCCUCUGAAAACGAACCAAAAAUAGAUCCAGGAUUUGAUGACAACAGUGGCGGAAACAAGUUCUACGCCGAGGAGUCCUUGGUUGCGGAGGGACAACCUCCUUGUGGUUUUCGCGAACAUACAACUACAUCAGGAACUGGUCGGCUAGCUCCCAGUUUCCGAUCUAUUUUCCCUAUUAGUUUUCUAAAUUAUCGUCGUAGAGUUAACAACUGAAAAUGAUUUGUGUAUAUAUUUCAACUGCUUAUCUCUUGAAUUAGAUUA